CGGCUCUCUCUCAGUUCGAUGGUUGUGUUCGCGCGUCCUCCUCUCUCGCUCUCCUCGCAUUAGAAAGGUCAUUCUGAGCGGGAGAAGAGAAUACUCGCGCGAGCGGAAUCUUGGCGCAGAGGAAUACAGAGACGUAUGUACAGGAACAGCUGCUGCUUCGUUGAACAAGUCUGCUUGCAUGCGGUUCACUCGAUCAGUCGACCAGUCCUUUUUCAACUAAGUGCCACGCAUAUCUGAGGAGACCUAUACCGGCAAGUCGAUACCUUGUCUUCUUCUUCUUCUUCUUCUUCUUCUUCUCCUUCUUCCACUUCUUCUCCGUGUCUUUCUUUGUGUCCUUAUUCGUUCUGUUUUGCGGAUUUAUCCUGCUUCUUGCGGGUGGACAAUCUUUUGUUUCGAUUGAGAGCAGCCACUCGGAGAGGCAAAGAUGAAGGUUGUCAGGGCAUUUGCUGUGCUGCUGGCGCUGAGCAUUGUGUCAUCUGCGGCAGUAGCAGACAUGGUGAUCGAGUCCCCAGUGGGCAAUGUCGAAACAACGGAGGCUUCUGAUCCGUGCAACGGGGCCAACCUAGACUGGGCGUCCUUGAAGGAUGUUUGCGAUUUGAAUUCUCCCAAGGCGAAUCGGAGACUUUGCUGCUUCAAUGUUGAUUUGCUGUUGUCCCAGAUUUUCGAGAGCGAGAGCUUCAAUGCCAAGUGCGCGUUGAGCUUUUCCAAGGUGUUCGAGAAGAACGGCUAUGCUCACAUCGCUUGGAACUAUGAGCAGAUUUGUGGCCGUCCUGAUCGUAGAGGUCUUGCUGCUGAGUCGUCAUUGCCCUCGGAGGCGCCGGAGGGUGGGCCUUCUGGUACGACUGUGACGACAGUUCCUUCUGCUAAUGGCAAGAACUCAGCGCCAUCUAGUGCCCCUGCUAGCAAUGCCGCUUUGUCCAUAAGCGCACCCACGGUCAUGCAGCUCGCACUGGCCUUCCUAGCGGUCCUGUUCUUGCGUUGAAGGGGCUCACCUGCGAGGGUUCAGCAGUCGAUACGUGCAGCGAUGGAACCAGUAAUUUGGAAUACAUGAAAUCAGUAAUUGGGGAGAACUGUGAAUCUUGGUGACGUUCGUUAGUAGAACGGGGCUCUGUGCUCCCUAAUUUUCUUUUUCUAUUUACUUAAGCCUUCCUUUUUUCGAUUCAUUCUUACUUCUGGGUCCGAUUAUUGACGACUUGUUCGUUGUCGUCGGUUCUUGAUUAUUGCUGAUAUGCUCCCUUGUUUGAAAGGUCCGUGGCGUUUCAGGAUUUCUCAAAUGGUCAUUUCCUCGAGGGCUGGGGUUCUUCCCCCCUCUUAUUGUCAAUCGGUUGAGUUACUUAUUGGUUCUAUACUAGAAUAAGAGCGGGUUUCUUUCGUCAAAAGGACAAACAUAGUGAAAAGGACACCGUUUGUCUUUUCUUUGAGUUCUCGGCGGCGGGAUAAGAAGCCUAGCUAUUUGUUCGUUCUUCCGUAGAAGGAUCGGUCUCACUCGUCUUUCGUGCAUUCUCUUCGGGAAAUGAAGCGGAGUUAUUCACGCUUCUUUUAUCCGGUGAUUAUCUGUUGGCGGAGCUUGUUGCAUCGACUCAUCUGUCGGAGUGACCGGUGUUAACUAAUUGGUGGGUAAUAUAUCGCCCUCGACUACUUUUGUCUGCCGGUGUUUUCUUGGCUGUAAUCGAGAGCACGUUUUUUGGUUGGGUCUCUCAAUUUUUAGUUCGCAUUGCGUCUAUCCAUUUCUUGAUAUUUGUCGGUGUGCAUCUUGAUC